AUGCCUCCAAGCUGUAUGACCGACGGGGCGGGCGGCGCGAAUGCCAAGAAAGAUGGCGUUAGUGAUGAGGGUGUCGUACAUGGCCACAUCCACAAUUAUGACAACAUGACUCUGAUUCACGGUCAUGUUCAUCGAACGCCGCUUCCCGCCAGCGAUACGCCGGCGGAUAGAUCGCUGCUAUCGAAGGGGAUUAUGAAAUCGGGGGUGAUGCCACAAGGUGACGGCAGCCAGUUGGAUGAGAAAUGUCUCGGCGGCGAUAACGAGAAUUUAGACUGCCAGUUUUUCCAGUUUGUCAAUUAUCACCAAGGUGGGAAACCCGCUGGCUGGAUGACGAGAGAUGCAAGCAACGUCGGCGCAGAUGGUAAACAGGGAUUUUUGCAGUCCAAACCGUCGCUUGGCCAUUUGUAUAACGAUCAAGCCCUGCUGCUCCCCAGUAGCAAGCGGAAGUUCUCGCACGGUGCUGGAGAAGAGAACUGCCAUUGCCCGCCGAAAAUCCUAGAGAUCUGCUGCGAUGCGACGCAUGACGCAACGACCGCGAGCAGCGCAGCAACGGUUGAUGGUAUACCGAGAGGCGUCAAUCGGGACGAACUCAGGCGGUACAAGAAGAAUCGAAGGCCUGUUUCAAAAAGCAGUAUUGACUCUCUAGCAACUCCCAACCUGGAUCACUUGGUCAUUGACAAUUGUGAAAUAUCCAGCGAUAAAAUAGUGAAGCCUAAGGACUUGGACUUUGAAGACGAUGAAAAUGAUGACGAAAAUAUCUUCGAAAAAUUUUGUGAAGAGUGUUUGAAUCUGGGACACGAGCAUAAACAUGGGGCCUCUUCUUCUCCCGAGAAUCUGGAUUCCGAUGUCAAAGAUAAACAUUGCCAGUAUUGCCACCAUCGACAUCCGCAUGAUUAUAGUCGAGCUCGCGCACCUUUACCGAGGGAAAAUUCAUCCACCACAUUGUCGUCAACACAUUCGACGCAUAGCGAACUGGAUCUUCUAGGCGAUGGGGAAACGUACCACUCUGCUCAGGGUUCUGCAUCGAAUGUUCCUCCGCUAACCGCUAAGAAAUAUCCAUCCCAUUUCAUGAACUCACAACUUGACUUGCAAAUCCUGGACGAUCUGUGCAAUAUAUCAUCUUUAUAUGAAGUUCCAUUUGCCAAUCACAUGAAUCAUCAUAGUCAUCAUCAUCACCAUAUAUCCGAAAACGAGGGAAAUCAAGGAAUCAACCUGCUCGAGUCCACAAUAAAGUGUAAACCAUCCUUUGCAUCAAGUAACAAUAGACACAAUCAUCAUCACCAUCGAGUACAGCUGCAAAAUUGCACCGCACAUUGCCAGCCAAGUGAUACCAGUCGAGAGAGUGCUAGCAAUGGUCUCAAUGGCGAUGAUAUUACUUCAGAGUGGGAUAACAAGAAUUAUAGCUUUGAAAGAUCAACCAUCCCCAAAACUGGAAGCCCGGUUUCAGGUGAUAUGUCUUACCAAACUUCAGUGCCUAAAAUAGAAGACUGUGGAAACAUGCCUCAGGAACCUACAAUAGCGUUCAACUGGUUAUUUAAGAAAGAUGAAAAUGCGAUCCAAUGUAAAUGGGACCAAUGUCCUGAAUCUUUUUCAAGCUUAAUUGACCUUCAAAGACACAUGCUCAGAGAUCAUGUUGCAGACGAAGAUGCCUCCUGUUAUUGGAUACCGUGUACUUUCAAAGGCGAAGACACUUGUUCGUUGAUCAAUCACAUUAACUCGGAUCACGGAAUAAACUUUGGAUUGAAUAUUACAACAUCUGAUUCAUGCAUAAAACCAAUGACUGUUGCACAAGAUUGCCAUCCACCUGUUCUGCAAGCGCAUUCCAAUAAACCCGAAGAGACUUCGCAGGUCCCGAAGUUUCAAUGCAAAUGGGGUGAUUGUACAGCAGAACUUGAUUCUGCUGCUUCCCUAACCAAGCACCUCGAAGAACACCUGGACAGAGGCAAAUCGGAGUACCAAUGUCUAUGGCGUGGCUGUAACCGUAAGUUUGCUCAGCGUCAGAAGUUGGUACGCCAUCUCAAAGUUCAUUCAGGCUAUAAACCUCAUAAAUGCCAAGUCUGUGGCAAAUGCUUCUCGAACGAAGAUACGCUGACUCAACACAUGAGGAUCCAUUCUGGAGAAAAGCCCUUCGAAUGCCACAUAUGCGGCAAAAGAUUCGCUGUUUCUAGCUCACUGAAGAUCCAUAUUCGAACGCACACGGGAGAAAAGCCACUCGAAUGUAAAAUUUGCGGCAAAAGAUUCAGCGAGUCAUCCAACUUGAGUAAGCACAUGAAAUGCCAUAAGAAGAAAUAUAGCUGUAGCCACUGCAAACGAGGGUUCGAUACAAUUGAGAAAUUUCAAGCACAUGAAGCUAGAUGCUUCAAGAAGAGUAAGUAG